CCGCCUCUACCAGCUGUCAACAACCAAACCACUCUUCCUCUGCCUGCAAUCCUCAAGCUUAUCAUCAUUUUUGGCUUCAAAAGUAGCGGAGAACAUAUUAUUACCAUCAAACCCCGUCUCCUUACCAUCUUCGACACAAUGCCUUCAAUCACCAGUAUUGUGAAGCACAUUCUGCUCCUUAGCCCUCUGGCUACAACUUCGCAAGCCUUCACUGUGUCUAUCGAGCAGCCAAAUGGCGUCUACAUCUAUGAUGGUUCCACCAAUACGCACAUUCCAGUCUCCGUCCCAGAUAAUUUAACAUCAAUACAACCGGAGAGCGGGGUUAUCAUCGAGACCUAUAAAUUGGCUCGCAGGGGUGACUCGCUAAUCUCUUGCGGCCACACGGUUCUGGCAGAUUAUGUUUCUGCUAAGACCGCUUUUCUGAGCCAGUGUAAUGGCCAGAUGCUCUCUAGCAAGAGCAAUCUUUAUGCGGUGCAUGGAGAUGCUAUGUUCUUCAGAUGUGCGUAUUCGGAAGGGACAUGCUUGGCAUCCGACGCCUCCGCUUGGUUCGGUGCAGUGGAUACUCAGUGCGGGUCACGAAUGACUGGAUGGGUCAAGGUGGACCAUGGCUUGUGUCGGGAGUAUAGGCCAGGCGCCACCCCAUUGGCUGAGACCGGGCCGGAAGAUCAGACAGGAUUAGCGGGACUAGCCGUUUCGUAUGGAAGCACGUGGUCUUGUCUUACGGUGCAACAACCGCAAAGUCCUCCGCUUGUUAGAGGUUGA